AUGGGACACAAAACGGACAUGUGCCCAACACUUCAAGAGAAAGGAGCUGAGCAGGUCAAUGCAGCAGAAAACUUUCCUGGACCACCGAGGCAGUAUGAUCCUUACUCCAACACGUACAAUCCAGGUUGGAGGGAUCAUCCAAAUUUCAGUUAUAGAGGAAAUAGACAAUUUCAACAAGGUACAGGAUCCAGUAUUCAAAGUCUGGAGAAUCAUAUGGGUCAAAUGGCAAUUGCUAUAAGUCGUUUAGAGGCUCAAGUUGGAGGGAAGUUGUCUUCUCAAAUAGUGGUGAAUCCAAAGGAAAAUGUGAAGGCAGUGACGCUAAGAAGUGGCAAGAAAGUGGAAGAACCAAAGCUGAACAUUCCGAGUGUAGCAAAGGAAGAAGAAAUUGAAGAUGAAAUUGAGAAAGAAGAGGCUACAACAGAAUCAAAGGUAAUUCCUAACCCUUCAAUUCAACUUCAGUCUAAUAUUUUACCUUUUCCUAGCAAAUUCACAAAGUCAAAGAAAGAAGAGAAGGAUAAAGAGAUUUUGGAGAUGUUUUGCAAGGUGGAAGUGAAUAUACCUCUGAUGGAUGCAAUUAAGCAAGUGCCAAGAUAUGCAAAAUUUCUUAAGGAGCUAUGCACCAAUAAGCGGAAGCUAAACGGUGAUGAGAAGAUAAUAAUGGGAGAAAAUGUGUCAGCAGUCUUCCAAAGAAAACUUCCUCCCAAGUGCAAGGAUCCAGGUUCUGUAAAAGAUAUUGGUGUUAUUAUCCAAUUGGCUGAUCACACUAAUGCAUACCCUGAAGGGGUAGUUGAAGUUGUUCUUGUGCAGGUCAAUGAGUUAGCAUUUCUUACUGAUUUCUACAUUCUGGAUAUGGAUGAUUCUUCUUUUCCUGAUCCUGCACCUAUCUUACUGGGAAGACCAUUGCUAAAUACAGCUCGGACAAAAAUAGAUGUUCAUGAUGGUACCCUUACGAUGGAAUUUGAUGGUGAAGUAAUUCGUUUUAAUAUUUUUGAUGCCAUGGAGUUUGGCUAA